AUGACAGGCGAACCUCCAUUAGCACAACAACAACGUGCUGUUGUCGAACUUUAUGUACGUUCAAAAUGGAUUAAAGCAAGUUUAGCACUUGAAGAUGAAAAUUUAUUUAUUGAAUAUGCACAUAAUAAACAUGAACAGCAAAUAUCAACUGGACAAUUAAAUACAACAAAUACUAAUGAUGAAACAACACAAAAUAAUGGCUCUACGAAUAAUUUUACACCAGAUACGAUAACAAGUCAAAAACGGACAGUUAAAAUAGUUAAACCAGAUAAUACAGGACUUGGAAUAAGUAUAAAAGGUGGAAGAGAAAAUCGAAUGCCAAUAUUAAUAAGUAAAAUAUUUCCUAAUAUGCCUGCAGAUCAAACUGGACAACUUUAUGUUGGUGAUGCUAUUUUAUCUGUGAAUGGUAAAGAUUUACAGCAUGUUUCACAUGAAGAAGCAGUACAAAUAUUAAAAAAAGCUGGAAGAGAAGUUGAACUUGAAGUUCGAUAUUUACGUGAAGUAAAUGUUUUAAUGCAAAAACAAAGUUCAUCAUAUGCACGAAAACAAAAUAAUCAUCAACAAUCUCAAGAUAAUUUAACUGAAUCAAAUAUAUCAUCAUUAAAUUCUCAAAGUAAAGAUCUAUCAAAUAUAAAAAAACCUUCAACAACAAUAACACCUCAACAAACAUCAAAUGAUUCAAUACUCUAUGAAACAAAACGUAUAUCAUUACGUUUAUGUUAUAUAUUUCGUCGUUCAUCAUCAACGAAUGAUACUCUUGUUUUAUCAUCAUCAUCAUCAACAACAACAACAACAACAACACCAAUAACAGCACCAUCAACAUCAACAACAAAUGGUUCUAUAUUAGAUAUUGUUUUACCUUAUGCUCAAACAUGUUAUAGUGUACGUUUUAUUGAUGAUGUACAAGCAAGAAAAUGGUUUCAUAUAAUUCAUUCAAAAAUUUCUCGUUGUCUUUUGGAAAUUUUACCUGAAAUAGAAGAAUAUUUUUAUGUUGCACGUCAUGCUAAUGAAGUUAAAGCAUUAGGUUGGUUAACUGAACAAGUUAAUAAUGAUGAAACAACAUCAAUAACAAAAUCAUGGAAACCUGUUUUUCUUGUUUUAACUGAUGCUGAAAUAUGUUUUUUAUGUUGUGCACCUGUAUCAAGACAAACAUGUCGAGAACCUGAUCUUGUUUAUUCAAUUCUUUCAACAAGACUUGUACAAUCAACACGUGAUCAAAUAAAUGAUCCGGAAGUAUCAUUAUUAUCAUUACGUGUUGGAACUAAAUUUGGUGUUGUAUCACAUACAUUUCGAGUUGAAACAAAAGCUGAUUUAAAUUAUUGGACUAAAGCAAUUAGUCAAUGUUUACAAAGUGCUGUUGUACGAAUAAAAGAAGUUGUUUUUCCUUGUAAAUGGAAUAAUCGAACAUGUAAAUUAUUUUUACAUUAUGAACAUGGUUUUACAUUAUAUAGUGAUCCAACUGAUUCAGUAACAAGUGCUGGUAAUCCACCAGGUACGGGUAAUGUUCGUUUACUAUGGCAACAACCAUUUGAAAAACUUCGUUCAUCAGCUGAUGAUAAUGAACAUUUAUUAACAUUAGAUUUUCAUGGUGAAGAAGGAGUUGUGGAAUUAGAUUUUGGUACAUCUCCAAAACCAUUUGUCUUCCAUUUACAUGCAUUUUUAUCAGCUAAAGCAGCACGAAUUGGUCUUGUUGGAUAA